GCAGCAUGCAUUUACAAACCAAACCAUGUUUACUCAGCUUUCACAGACACUCCAAAUCAUCCAAAUGGAGGAAUCAGGAAGGGACUGCUGUCUGCUGUUAUAGCACCGCUCUCACAACUAUGUCUCCCUUUUCCCUUCUCAGCCAUGGACAAGCUAAUCGUGCUCUUGUUUUUGCUGACAUUGUUCAUAUUCAGUAAGGAUGGCAGAGUCACUGCUGGCUUUAAAGGCUCGGCCCGUGCCAGCCUCACCCUUAAUGAUGGCACCCAAGACCAACUGGCAUACCAUCACAACAACCAGGACCGUCAUGAUGGAGGGCCCUCUGUCCAAAAAGAGUCAACGUUCACCCUCAGGGUUCAGGUGAAGAAUGCAGUGAGCCAGCAGCCCCUGAGCCACGCAUCUGUGGAAGUGUUUGCAAACUACACACUCAUCAACUCCACCACGACCGGCAGGGACGGAGUCACCGUGCUCAGGGUGCCAUACACACACAGCCGGCCUCUCGUGCUGGUGGCCAGGAAAGAUGGCUACAUCCAAACACCGUUGCUGUGGAAAACCAGCAAAAUACCAAUUUUUUCAUCUGUGACACUGCCACUUUUCUACCAAAACCAAGGAAACAUAUGGCUGUUUGAAGAUUUGGUGGUCAUAACAGGCAAAAUGUCUGAUACUGUGCCUCCUGCAAAUGUGCAGUUCCCAAAGAGGCUGCUCUCUCUUCCAGACAACAACAUCUCUUCAUUAACAGCCUAUCUGACUGUCCCUCGACUUCCUGCAGAGAAACAUUUCUUCCCCAACACCACAGGCAUCAUCAUGAGCAAGUCAGGAUAUAGGAGUGUUGAUUUAAACCCAAUUGCAGCAAUUAGUGUCCUCCUCUUGUAUAAUGGAAUGGAUGUGCAGAUAUCAGGCCCUGUCCAGAUCACACUGCCUCUUGCUGAAAGCAGCCAAUCACAGCUCUCCUAUACUGUCCCAGCCUGGUCAUUUGACAGAAAGACUGGUGCAUGGGUGAAUCGUGGUCUGGGAACAGUUAAAAUGGAGAACAGACAUUUGGUUUGGGUCUACACUGCUCCCCAUCUGGACUAUUGGAUUGCUGCCCCUUUUCCCACAGCCACUGGUUACAUGGGACAUGAAAGCACUCUGGACUUCAUUUCAUACAAUGCAUACCUUCUUGUUCCAGUAGUAGGAGGAGGUUUAUUUAUUGCUGUUGGAUUGCUUGCUGUGGUGUCAUGCUACUGUAGAGACUCCCUGUGUAAGCAAAAAAGAAAGCAAGUCCACAGCCGAAAAACAGCAGUUCAGAAGAAAGAACACACCACUGGUAGAAACAACAGCAACGAGCAGUUGGACAUUUCUGUUAAAGCUCCUACACCUCGCAAACACAAGCAUCGUUCAGCUGCAUUUCAAAGCAUGUCAGUCUGUAAGAGGGAUCAGCCUGAGAUUAAAAGGAAAUUCAGUAGGGGUAUGGGGAAAACUGGCCAGGCAGAAACUCAAAUCCAUGAAAACAUCGCUAAAAUUGCUCAGGAGUCUUCAAAAACCUCACAGACACCAAAAAACUUCAACAGUAGUGAGCUUGUGAUACCCGUCUCUCUGCAUGAAAAUGUGUGUCUUCCAGAAAGCUUAGUUCUGUAUAACCAGUCUGUAGCAUUGAUUCAGGUUCCAAACCACAUCACUUCAUCAGACCAAGCAUCAGGAAGCAGGUCCGCCACGCUAUCUAGGAAGGCAGACCAGUACAGUGGCCUGGAAAAAACAGUUAACAAGCAAACUUUACCAAAAAUGGCACUACUCUCAGAGGCCCUAACUAUGGAGAUGCCAUAUGGAGAGCCCAGAGCUAAAGGCUGGAGCUGCUUGUUGGAGUCUGUGUCUGUCCCAGACACCCUGAACAAAGCUACAGAGAUGGACACUUCCUGUGGGACUCAUCAAGGAAGCUCUGAGCAGACACUACUGGAGCUGUCCAAAAGCAAACCCUUCCCUCAUCCAAAAGCCUGGUUCGUUUCUCUGGAAGGAAAACCUGCUGCACAGGUCUGCCACUCCAUCGUAGACCUUCGGAAAUGUCACCUCCUACUUACUGACAGUCAUGACAUCAGCCUGGACUCAGGGGUCGACCUCAACGAGCAGCAUCGGAAGCAGAACCAGAGCUAUCAGAAAAUAAACGCAGCUCACACACGGGCAAUCAACUCAGAGGAUGCAGAUCUGAGCAGCUGUGAGAGUGGUACAAUCAUAGCCUGCACCCCAAAAGAGCUCUCGCUCAAAAUCACGCACCAGAGCAGCGGUGGAAUCGUGUCCAACUUGCCAGAGGAGAAAUGUGAUGAUGACACGUCAUAUGAGGGCAGCGAAUGUGUGCCAAGCCCUCAAGUACAAAGGCUCAGGAAGGCAAGGGACAAGCCAAAAAGCACCUGGCACCUGAGGGAGGAAAGACCACUUAUGAAGCUGAACUAAAAGCACAUUGCUGAAAAUGUUUUUAUCAUCAUCAUCAUCUUCAUCAGACCACAAAGAUUAUAAAACCUAUGACUAUAAAGCCGUCAUGUUCAAACUUUAAGUGGUUCCUUUCUAUUAAAUGUCUUCUUUUUUGUCCUUUAUGCAUAUUACCCUUGCAAAGUUAGGUAAUAUUUAUUUAUGUAUAUUUCUUUAACUGCAACGGGUUUAUUUAUUUGUUUGUUUUACACAGACCUACUCCACUUAAUUUCACAGUGAAAUUGUACCUAAUCCAUGUAUAAUUGUAAACCUCAUCAUAACUGAAUGAAGCUUAAUGCAAACAUUUAAUUCUGAGCUGUUCUUUCUUUUUUUUUUAACCCAAAGAUUGUAUUAAUUAUAAAGAUUCCUAUUGUUCUGAUGUUAAUUCCCCAAAGCAGUCUGAAUGCAGAAAGUAUUUAAUUCUAUUGUAUGAAAUUACAAGUGCACUGUUUUUAUAGCUACUUUUAGUUAAUUUCUAAUGAUCUGUCAUAAAAUAGGCCAAGACCUCUUGACACUUGAGACGUUUUGUAGGCAUUUGGUGUGGAAAUCAAUCUUAAAGAUAAGCUGCUACUUUGUAAAUAUGUUUUCUCAUGCCAUGACUGCAUAAAAAGGCCUACUGCAUGCUUAACACAUAUGGUGACAUUUUGUGUUACACUGCUUUGCUAUCAGCUGCCAUAUGUUUUCCAUAUGCAAAUAAACAAUUAUGACUGUUUCUCUAUGAAGAAUUUGUGUAAAUGUCCCGUUCUGUUUUUUUUCUUCAUUAGGUGGCCAAGCACCGAAGGUGCAUAGGCACCCUAUUAUUACAUUAACUUUUCUUCUUCUUCUUCUUCUUCUUCUUCUUGCUAGCAUGGCAGCCCAUGGAACCACCUGGUAAAAAAUUGUGAAAUUUGGCACACUGAUUGGGGAGGGUCUACGGAACAUUCUGACCAAAUUUGGGCCAAUUGCUGCCAAAACUCUAGCACCACCAUCGGGUCAAAUUUGGACCUAAUUUGGACGUGUGUUUAUGGUCAUAACUUUUGAACCAUGUGUCCAAAACUUAAAAGCCAGGCAUCCCUGGAUUCCCUGGGUCGAGAUGAGUUCAACGCAUCCUGUGAUGUCAAUUUCUGCCAAAUUAGAUUUUCUGCCAUCUUGAAUUUUGUCUUUUGGUUUUGAUCUUCAGAGUAAACCUCACAAAAAUUAUCCAAAUUUUAAAUAUUCCAAAUGGGUUGCCCGUAAUGUUCCAACAAAUCUGAUGGCAAAGCUGCCAAACAGGAAGUGAGGCUGUAUCUCAGCAACGACCUUGCACACUGACACAAAUCUUGGUAGGCUUCUUCAUGACCAUGCACUGUUUCAUGAUUUUCACUUCCGGGUCAGUGGCCAUUUUGGGAGGAACGCAUCCUUGCGGAGGCCAUUUUGUAUCUCCGGCACUAUAUAAGGCCUCAACCAGCAUGUACUGUCAUGAUGGGUACUGUCAUGACUUGCACUUCUGGGUCAGCGGCCAUUUUGGGAGGAGCACUUCCUGCAGCGGUCAUUUGUAUCUCCAGCACUAUAUAAGGCCUCAACCAGCAUGUGCUCAUUGCCUGAUGGUCUCAUCAGUUUACCUUGCGUGCCUGAGCAGCUAUCCCACCCUGUUUCCCAUGUUAGUCUUCCUGGUUCUGCCUGUCUUUGGUAUUUCAGUUAAGUCUGCCCUGCGUUAUCGUCUGUCUGCCUGCCGGUUUUUGGAUUAUUUGGAACUGUUGCACUUGGAUUUCUGCCUGCUCCUUUGGAUUUGUCUGACUAUGGAGAUUUGCCUUGCUGGCGUUAACAAGUCAGCCUUAGCGCAUCUCCACCACUACAGGACUCUGUAAUCUGUUUCAUACAGUUUGUGUGGAUAUUGAGUUCCCUGUUCCCUGCGAGUAAAGACUGUGAACUUGCUAUUGUUUAUCUGCCUGUUGCUUCGUCCUUUGCUUCAACUCUGCCACCACUGACUGUGUGUAAACCA